GCUACUUACGAAUAACCGUCACUUCACCUACCAUUAGGGCUUUUUUAUUUGAAUAUUCAAUCUCCACUGUGAAUAAUUGUUGUUUGUUAAUGGUGGUGGUGGUUGGUGACAGACAGAUACAGUGAAAGAAACCCAUAUAAUAUACAUAAAAUGAUUCAUUUUCCCACUUCAACUCAAUCUCAUUAUCAUAAACAUUUACUGUUCUUUCCCAAUUAUAAUCAUCAAUCUCUCUCGUCAAAUGUAAACCCUAAUUUAAUCUUCUUCCCCAAAAAUCAAACACUAAUUUAUCCAUCUAAUCGGAAACUCCUCUUAAGAUCAUCAUCAAUCAAGUUAAGUUCAGAAUCUUCUGAUUUUGAGCUCCCUCCUGUCGAUGAAGAUGAUAAUUAUGAUUCAGGAACUGUGAGUUCUUCUUCAAUUGAAUCCAUGUCCUCCGCAGAUAGUAUUAAUGGUGUUGAUAUUGAAAUCGAGGAGAUUGGGAAGAAUUCCAGGAGAAUUCGUUCUCAGAUUGGUAUUGAUGCGUCCCUUGAAACUAUUUGGGGUAUAUUGACUGAUUACGAGAGAUUAGCUGAUUUUAUUCCUGGUUUGGCUGUUAGUAAAUUGCUCGAAAAGGGUGAGAGUUUUGCUAGACUUUUCCAGAUUGGACAACAGAGCUUGGCAUUUGGGCUGAAAUUCGAUGCCAAAGGAAUUGUAGAGUGUUACGAGAAAGAACUUGAGACACUUCCUUUUGGUCGGAGGCGGGAUAUUGACUUCAAGAUGGUUGAGGGUGAUUUUCAAACCUUUGAAGGCAAAUGGUCCAUAGAAGAGACAUACACUGAAAGAUACAAAAACAGCAAUGAAGCAGAAGGAGUAGAAAAAGACUUUGAGAAGACAACAACACUUUCUUAUGUUGUAGACGUGAAGCCAAAGAUGUGGUUGCCUGUACGCCUUGUGGAAGGCAGGCUCUGCAGGGAGGUUCAACUGAACCUUUCUUGUAUCAGAGAAGAGGCGACGAAAGACACAGUUUUGAAAACUACUCUUCCCACUUGCUAAUGCUAAUACAGUAAACAAAAAAGGAAAACGUUACCCAAUUAUUUAUUUCUAUGUGAAUUUGCUUCUGACAGGUAUAUGUAUAUAUCCAUGUACAGAACACAUUCUUUUUCAAAUGAAGGAGAAGGAGGAAAUUGUUUCUGGAUUAAUCCUUGAAUUGGAAGUUAUCUUACACUUUCAAGGGAGUGUUUUGGGGUUUGCAGCAGAAUGGCGGGUACCUAAAUUAAGCUUGGCAAGCUACACUGCAAUAGGACAUAGUGUGGAACCAGUGGAAUCUUUUGAUUACCUUUAUUUACUGGUGCAUCUUGAUUUUGGGGCGAUCAUUUUUUUAAUAUUUUAAUUUGAAAUUUUGAUAACUGGGUAUAUCUUAUUGAAAAACCCAGAGGUAAAGAAUGGCAAAAAGAAGGACCAAGGUCCAAGACCUUU